AUGCAGCCUCCAUAUUCUUCAGAUGAGCCAACUAUUUUCGAAGACAGCAACUUAUCAAUGGACUCAACAGAGUCCUGUUCGGUUCCUUCAUCAGUGCAGGCAUCGUCUUCUCAGGAAACGGGAGAGACUAUUGACGCCGUUUUUUUUAAGUUGGAAGUGAAGGACCUGAUUGAAUACGAAUGGCCACUCAAGUCAGGCGAUAAGUAUUUCCUUCAAGAACAAGUUGGAGAUCUGUUGGAUAUCAAGUCUUUCUCAAGGAAGUUUCCUGAGAUGAGUCGUCGUAAAGUCGAAAAAGUCGAGAGAGAUUGGCUCUGCUCCACAUAUAAUAUUCAUCAAACAAUGAACGAGACGCAAUUGCGUGAUUUGUGUGCGAUGCGUUCAGUCGAAAUCCAUGAGUUGAUGGCCAGCGAAUAUCCAUCAAUAUAUCAAGAAUUUCAAAAGGUCACAGCUGAACGUCACAAAGCUUUGAUGGCUGAACAAGCAAAAGAGAUGGAAGCGAUAAAAAACGAUUCUAAAAAAUUGGCCGACCUACGUGAAAAGGCUAUGAGGAGUGCUGCUAACUUCAAUAAGGAUCUUCAAAUGACAAAGAAACUGGAACGCCAGCAUUAUUGGGACAUUCAAACUUCGAUUAUUCAAUCUGCCACGAAUAAAUGGCGUAAGCUUCCUGCAAAAUACACUAAACCAGACCCGUAUCCUGUAGCUCUCAUUCAUGGACAGUAUCAGAAUUAUUACAGAAGAUUCACUUCAAAAGAACUGCGUCGUCUUCCACUAGGCAGCGUUCUGGAUGGAGAGCACUUAUUUCCAGUUCAUCGGGAUCCCUCACCUCCUCCAAUCAAUGUUUCAGAGAAGGAUAUGCAAAGUGAGAUGAGAGUAGAGACCCCACGGGUUGAGCCAGCACGGAAAUCGGUUCGUAUAUAUUUCGUCUUCUUGUUGUACAUUCUAUUCCAAAGCAUUGUCAUUCCGAACUAG